AUGCAACACGCCGAAACAAAUUCUUUUUUUACAAUAACAUCAGUAAUCUCUCCAAGUCCAUCCCGGCCUCGUCCCCGAGAAGGCUCGAGUUGCGAAGUGCCGAUUCCCGCACGUCGUACCCACGCACGGGCCCGCACUGCAAGUUGCCAUGCGGUCGCCAUCCGUCUCUGGCCCUCCGUUGUCUUGUUCCGGCUUCCAUUAACGACUUCACAUGCUGUUCUACACCAUCCACAAGGGCCCCCACGGCCUCGUCCUUCACCCCGACCAACCCCAGUUGUUCUAUCGCUAUUCUCUUCAUUCGCUGCCGAAGUCUUAAGAACAAAUCGAUGUCUAUCGCUUGACCUGGACGCAUAGGAUAGUAUGGCAUUCCAUCGUAAGUGGCAAUCUCGGGUGAGUACGACUGUACCAUCUUGGCAGGCGCAACUUGUGCACUCGCGUUGGAUAUUGGAGACGGCGGUGGCAGUUUCGGUGUGUUCUCCACCGGUCUUCGUCGCACUUUAGGAGAAGGCUUUUCAGGUGCCUUUGGUUUGGGUGGUCUUGGUCGAUCACUAAUCUCUGUCCCGCCUCUUGAUGGGGCACGUUUCAUCUUCUUAACUGGGUGCGCCGACGGUGACUCAUCCACUCCACUUGUCCUGAUGGUACCAUUCGCCAGGUCUUCGCGCGGUCUCUUGUGGCCUACCUUAGAUAGUUUGUUCUCUGCUUUGAUGGGUGCUUGCGCUGUGAGAGAUCCUAGUUUCUCUCGUCGAGGGCCGGUUGGUCGCCGGUCCUUGAGCGGGACCACAACUGGCAAAUCGCGCAAACCAUCCCGUCUCUGCUGGGCAUGGAAGAAGAUGUCUUGGAUGAUUUCGUUAUGUACAUGGAUCUUCUCUCUCGGAAGCACUUUGAGCAGUUCAUCCUCGAAUCGGGAUCGCGUCAGUCGUGCGCUGAUGAAGGCGCGAAACACCUCGACAUAGCGAGAGCACGCCUCCGUUGUAAGGCCAGCAGAUACAAGACGCUUGCGCAUGGCAUCGGGUUUCCCACUCAUUUAUACUGUAGGAUGCGGUGUUGCACAGAAGCCUUGGAUCGAAUGACGCGGUUUGAUUCAAAUCUGUGUCAUCCUGCUAAACAAAAAGCUGGGUGCGGGUUCACCGAAAAGCUUUGGGUUAGAAGUUUUCUAUGUUACAGAGGGGAAGUCUUGUUGCAGAUUUCCAACGGAGAAUUCGAUCCCCAAUCGCAGCAGAAACGACGCGAGAAGACGUGAUUCAAAGAUAUAGAACAAAAGAAAACCACUCCGAUUGCCCUUGGGUGUGACAAUAAUGCUUAAAAAAGGAUGUAUAUUCUAAGCUGCUUUGCAAGACUGGUGCUAUGCAGAAGAAAAAAAAGGCUCCAAACAGAGUUGUGAUUGAAAGACAGGCAGGUGGUGUCCUUCCCCUGAUUGAUCUCGACAGCAAUAGAGGUUGUAACCGGUUUGAGUUGGACAGAAAGCGAAGAACUUGGGCGGUCUCCUGAAUGGGUUGUGUGAGGUAUUGAGUUAGUCGCAAUGUUUGAAGAAUGAUUUGUUGGCUCACGAGUGACGGAAAGAUGCUCGCUUAUCGAUGAAUGACAUAAAUAACGAAAAUAAUGAGAAA